AUGGCCGACGCCGCCGCGGCGGCCGCCACGAGCGCGGCCGCGGCAGGGGCGGCCGGGCCCGCGGAGGGGCCUGCGGAGCUGCUGGCGCUGCGGGCGCUGGUAACGCAGGCCCCGGCCGAGGAGGAGGGCGCUGCGCACGACGGCGCCUGGCACUGGGCGGCCGGCCGCGGCGCGGCGAAGCCGCGGCCGGCCACGGGCGCCGCCUCGGAGGGGAGCGCGGCUCCGACGCCCGCCCAGGUGACCACGCUCUCGGAGAAAGGCCCGUGCCCCGUGCCGCCCGACCCCGAGAAGGGUUGCCGCAGGCCGGCCAGGGCUUGGCUCCGUUGCCUGCGCUGUCUGGUGCGGCCGCUGUCGGGCAAGCGGCCGUUCAGGAGGCCUCGCUCGGUGGUGCCCACCACGCGGGACUGGGCGGACCUCAGGCACCCCUCCGCGUGCUCCUCCGCCCCCGCGGCGGCGGCGGCACCGCCGCCGCUCAUCGCCCAGGGCCC